CCGCGCCUGCGGGGGACUUUGCCAUCUGUCCACCAGGACCUGGGGAGGAAGAACCAGCAGCUCCCCACCCCCUCCCCCUCCACCACCAUUUUGGAUACUCCGCAGGGACGUGUUUUGGGGUUCCCACUGACUUCCAGGAAGGACGCGUGCCCUUCUCUGACCCCUGCGCGGGCGGCCACCUGUGUUUGCCGUGGUUGGUACUGGGGAAGUAUGACUGUUAAUGAAGCCAAAGAGAAAUUAAAAGAGGCACCAGAAGGAACUUUCUUGAUUAGAGAUAGUUCGCAUUCAGACUACCUACUAACAAUAUCUGUUAAAACAUCAGCUGGACCAACUAAUCUGCGAAUCGAAUAUCAAGAUGGGAAAUUCAGAUUGGACUCUAUCAUAUGUGUCAAGUCCAAGCUUAAACAAUUUGACAGUGUGGUUCAUCUGAUCGACUACUAUGUUCAGAUGUGCAAGGAUAAGCGGACGGGCCCAGAAGCCCCCCGGAACGGCACUGUUCACCUUUAUCUGACCAAACCGCUCUACACAUCAGCACCGCCUCUGCAGCAUCUCUGCAGACUCACCAUUAACAAAUGCACCGGUGCCAUCUGGGGACUGCCUUUGCCAACAAGACUAAAAGAUUACUUGGAAGAAUAUAAAUUCCAGGUAUAAGUGUUUCUCUUUUUCUAAACAUGCCUCAUAUAGAGUAUCUCCGAAUGCAGCUAUGUAAAAGAGAACCAAAACUUGAGUGACUGCUCUGGAUAACUACACGGAAUUCUAAGAACAGCUGAAUCAGUCUAACCUACAUGUGUGACUAGGUAGCUAGGUCAAGUUCCCUCAAAUAUGUUCACCUGAGAAAUGCUUCCCUGCCUAAGGCUAAGACCAGCUGAUCCUUUUAAGUUAAAAAUUAAAUGUCCCAAGUAAAGGCCGAAGUAACCUUUUGGUCCGAAUGCCUUGCCUUUCUGAGGUCCCUUCUCUUUGGUUGAAGGUCCAGGCACCGGUAGUAGAGGAAGGGAGAAAGGACUCCAUGGAGAACUGAAGAAGGGAAGGAACCUGACAGGCUUAGCUUCCACUUUAUAUGCCUGGUGAUCCGAGUCUAUUUUGGACAUGUUAUAUUUUGCAUUCUGAUGUCCUAGGGGUUUUGUUGAUCGGAUAUGCUUGUGAGUAUUUAUCCUUCAUUUUAUGCAAUUAACCAAGUCAACCAAAAAAAAUGACCAUGAAAUCCUGUAUUUGUCUUUUUACUACAUGUAUGAACUCUUUCAUGUGAACGCGUACUGUAGUAAUCCAUUUUAAGAGAGCCUUACUUCAGAAAUAUUUCAAACUGGUGCAAACGGAAAAGACUUCGUCUUUUCCAUUAAGGCUAAAGACAAGAAUGUCAUGCUAUACAGGUGCAACCCCAUCCCGGUAGAUAUAGACAUUUUACCCUUUGAAGUAUCUGUGUCCCAACCUGUUGCCAUGGAUUUUUUUGGAAAUGGCUUUAGAAAUUUCCAAGUUGUCCUUGAAUUGUCUAACUAUAGACAUCAGCAGUUGUCUCCCUUCUACCAUGUAGAAAACUUUGACUUAAUUUUCUUCCAGAUAUAAGGGGAUACCUGCCUGUUUUUCAAAGUGUUUAUUUACUGCUGUUACUAUUUGAUUAGAAUGUAUUAAAUAAAAAAAACCCUGACUUUUA